AUCGUCGCGGAGCGCGACGCCAUGCGGACGCUGGACCACCCCCACGUCGCGGCGUUGGUGAAGACGGCGAAGACGGACGCCCACGUCUUCGUUGCGAUGACCGCGGCGCUCGGCGGGCCGCUCUACCGGCACGUGCGGCGGCGGGGGCGCCUCGACUGCGCGACGGCGACGUACUACGCGGCGAACGUCGCCGACGCGCUCGCCCACUGCCACGAGUGGGGGGUCAUCCACCGCGACGUCAAGGCGUCGAACGUCGUGUUGAACGACAAGGGCCGCGCGAUUUUAGUGGAUUUCGGCGCCGCCGCGAAGUUCGACCCCGACGACCCGAAGAUCCAUUUCACCUACUGCGGCACGCCCCACUGCAUGGCGCCGGAGAUGGUCUCCAAGGUGGGCCACGGGCCGGGCGUCGACUUCUGGGCCCUGGGCGUCCUGCUCUGCGAGCUCGCGUCGGGACGGCCGCCGUUCCGCGCGGAGAACCCCUUCGAGCUC